UCUACUAAAAACUAGAGUCUACAGAGUACAGACUGAAGCAUCAACCACUGUUACUGGAAUGGAUCCUAGUUAUGAGUCUUCCGAUACUCUCAGGAACAAGUGUGCAGCGUGUUAUCGACAGUUCAACAAAAAAGAGCAUUUAGUGGAACACAUGAGAAUAUCCUAUCAUUCAGUUCAUGAGCCCAUGUGUGGAGUUUGUAGAAAACACUGUCGCUCUUUUGAAUCUUUGAGGGAGCACCUUAUUGGGCCACUUCCAAAGGCAGAAUGCGAAAGAAUUUUCAAGGAGAGAGGAUGUGAUAUUUGUUUGACAAUUCUUGGUAGCCGAAGUGCUCUACGGGCUCACAGAGACUCAUGUCUCUCACGUCCAAAUAAUAAUGGUUUGCUGUAUCGCAUGGCAAAUUUGGGAAUUCAAGAUGACCUAAGAAUUGAUAACAGCAGAGGAAGAAUAGUUUCCCUUGCUUGCAAAAUGGUUGGUGGUGGCAGCGAUGGAUCUCUGGAUCUAUGUGCAAGAGUUUGUCUCAUUGAUGAACAUGAGAGGAUCCUCUUUCAUUCAUAUAUCAAACCAAACCUUCCUGUCACUAGUUAUAGGUAUGAAACAACGGGCAUAAGACCAGAAUAUUUGAGGGAUGCGAUGCCAUUAAGGAAUGUGUCAAGAAAAAUUCAAGAAUUCCUUUGCAAUGGGGAACCUAUUUGGCAAAUCCGUUCUAAAGGCGGAAGGUCUAGGAUUCUUGUUGGCCAUGGUUUGGAUCAUGAUCUUAAAUGUUUAGAAAUGGAGUAUCCAGCAAUAAAGAUCAGGGAUACUGCAAAAUACCCACCACUGAUGAAAACAAGCAAGCUCAGCAACUCUCUCAAAUACUUGACCAAAGCUUACCUAGGGUAUGAUAUUCAAACUGGAGUACAAGAUCCUUAUGAAGACUGUGUUGCAACAAUGAAGCUCUACAAGCGAAUGAAAUCACAAUUUCACAAAAAAGAAAACUACCCUCUUUCUUCAGAUCCCCAAAAUAAAAAUAAUUUUGCAACGUGGAGGCAAAAUGAGCUUGAGAGGAUGAGUCCAGAGCAGCUGUUGGAUUUCUCAAGGUCUGAUUAUUAUUGUUGGUGCUUGGACUCACAAGAUAUAUAAUUAAUAGAAGACGAAUGGUGGAAAAGAUAGAGAUAAAGCAACAAUAUUCGAUAUGUACGUUUUAUGAAUUCUUAGUAGAUAUCAAGAAUUUAAAUCAUGAUAUUCAUGAAGAAAAUUUAGUAUUUGUAUCCCUACUUGCUAUUGUAAGAUUUAUAGUUGAAAUAAAAAUGAGU